AUUCUACUUUGGUCAGGAACAAGGACUCAUUCAACUUCCAACCAAGUCCGGGAAGAAUAUCAACAACAAUAAUAGUAAUAUAACAUUGUGGACAGAAAGUAAUCACAAAUGGAACAAAGACUACUAGGACCUCGCGCAGGCGAAAAGAUCCGUGACAUGCUUGUCAAACAAAACCCUGGCAUGGCUAUCCGGCAAAUUCAAGAAAGAAAUGGCCUGAAUCUCCCAGAUAUCGGUGCAAUCUACCCAUUGCUUGAUCACCAUGGCAAAACCCGAUACGAAGUUCAUUCGAGUUGCAUGAGAGCUUUAAAGGCUAAGUUGUUACAAAGGCUUGAGACGGCCCCAAUGGACAAUGCUAGGUUUGACUCUGUACUGGAAUCAAUGCUUCAAUAUAUAGACGUUCAAGGGCUUCAGGAGUUACCAUUGACUCUACUUGGACGAUUCCCAGACAGGAUGACCAAGGAGAUUAUUGACAAAAUUGGUGAAAAUGAAGAGCUAUUCAAAAUUGCACCAACAGAAGUGCAGCGCAGGAUAUGGUUGUCAAAUCCCAACAAAUUCAGAGACGAUGUCAUUCCGAUUGUCAAAGCGUACAGAACAGACCCAGAGAUCAUUAACUUAGCAAAAGAAAUGAGCAUUGAACAUCCAACCAAAGUUAUUAACCAAAGACGAAGCCACCCAAGUAUAAAGCAAUUGAUGGAUAUUGUGGGCGGGAACCUAAAGCUGUACAAUCACAUCGGAACAUAUUUACGAUCACUUUUCAUUCAAACAAACGAGGCGGUUUAUUGUACCCUGCGUUUUGAUCUGUUGAUGGCAAUGCACGAGGCAAACCUUGGAUCUAUUACAAAAGUCGAUCCAUGUCAUGAGCUUGUUUGGAAUCUGGAUGCAUGCAACAGGACAUUGUCCAUGGAUGAGAGACGUGUGGACAACAUUCGUAAAUUCUUUGACAAAGUUGACCGUGAUGAUCCAGUACAUGGAGAUAUUGCUAUGAUCUUGAACGAUCCAUUCACUUCCAAUAUGAUCACAUCACGACUACUGGCGUUACUGAAUGAAGCAACUCAAAACGGAAGGGCCCCACAGUCAGAUUCUACUCUUACAUGGACAGCUACAAUGCUUAAUCUUGGCGCGCAUGCAAGGAGAAUCAUUCAAAAUCAAAAGUUUAGGAUCCCAAAAGUCGACUCGAAUGUGUCUGAAAAGUUUAUGACUACGCUUUCCAAUUGUAUUCUCGAUGAUACACUAGGCAUGUUGAAACAGGAUGUAGACGAGAAUCUGGAGUACGAAGAGGUCGAAUUCACAGAAGAUAACCUUGUGGCACUGGAUGACAGUGAAGUAGCCCGGAAGAUUUUGUGUCAUUACAUUCUUAGUAAAUUAGCGAAUCAGGACAUUCAUGCUCUUGCGAGAACAUUACCGGUCAUUGUCAACAGCCUUCGUCGAAACUCGCCAUAUGACUACCAAUCAGUUACUCUGGACAGCCUUCAUGUGACCUAUCAGUCAUUCUUCUACUCCUUUUUAGGGAUGCUACUCCGCCAAACAUUGUUGACUCGAUUCUUGAUGGUCCGCAAAUGGCAAACAGUGAUCAUGAACGAAUUCCUUUUACCAGCUGCAGCGCUUGAUAGUUCAGUUCACGAGCAGGCGAUCGGCUUCUUGAGUGAGGCUUUUAGCCUUGUGGCCUCAUCAGGCAGGGCAGGUCCUAUUGGGGAAGCAUUCAUGAAUCUGGGUCGCUGGAUAGAGACACUCUUUGUUAACCGCCCAACGGCUAGUAUUGGUCAAGAGAAAGAUAUGUCAAUAAGGGAAAUAUAUGCCAAGCUUGUCUCGGAUGCCGCCAGGCUCAGUGGAGGAAGAUACAAACUGAAAGUGGAAGAGACCCCGAAUGUCCUGGCUUAUGUUCAGCCACUCUGGGAACGUCAAGAUAGUCAUAUGGACACGUCGCACUAAUAGCAGAAUGAAGCAUAAAAUAAAAUAGG